UUUCAAUAUUCAAAAGCGUUCUGGUUUGUUUUGGGUUCUGUAAUCUGUGUGUUCACAUUGGAGAGUCAAACCUAUAAUCAUAAACUUAUGAAGGAAGAAGAAGGAGAAGGAGGAGAAGGAUAGUAACAAAAGAACCCUCACCACAAUUCAAUCUCUCUUCAAAAUCCCAUUUCAAGUUUCAAAUUCCCCUUUCUCUCACCGAACCCAUAUUUGAUUUCAUCUCUUUCAAAUUUCUGAACCCUUUACUUUUUUCCCCCUUCUGACACUGUUCUUCCCAAUGAAUGAUUCCACCAACGGUAGCGUGAGGAAGAGGACCAGAGCGGAUGAAGCGGAUGAAGACGACGAUUUAAUGGGAAAAAAUGGCGGAGGAAAGGAUUUGAAGGGAUUGGUUACUUCUCUGUUGUUGUUGGAUGAACAAGACAAGUGUGAACAGGAAGAACAUGACAGAGCUUCCAUUGAGGCGAAGAUUUCGAUGGAGGUGAAUCACAGGAAGAAGACGAAAGCCAUGGUUGAUUUCUACUCCGAAGUUCAAGAUUACUAUUCUGAAGUCGAAGAAUCCGGCCGAAUGAAGAGGAAAAAAUCGCGAUUAGCAGCCAACUCUGUUGCGGUUGCGGCUGCUUCCGAUGGAUUACAGAAGAUCGAAAUCGAAAAAUCAAACAAACGCGGCGGCGAUGGCGGUGGUGGAAGCGGUGGUGGUGGUGGUACUGGCCACCACCGGAGACUUUGGGUAAAAGAUAGGUCAAAAGCCUGGUGGGAUGAAUGUAACAGUCCCGAUUAUCCCGAUGAAGAAUUCAAGAAGCAAUUCAGAAUGGGUAGGGCAACUUUCGAUAUGAUUUGUGAAGAACUUAAUUCCGCCAUAGCUAAAGAAGACACAACUCUUCGAACCGCCAUUCCCGUCCGGCAAAGAGUCGCCGUUUGCUUAUGGAGAUUAGCCACCGGCGAUCCUCUUCGAGUCGUAUCGAAGAAAUUCGGAUUAGGUAUUUCAACUUGCCAUAAACUAGUUCUCGAGGUUUGCACCGCCAUUAGAACAGUACUAAUGCCGAAGCAUCUCCAAUGGCCAGAAGAAGAAACUCUCAGAAGAAUCAAAGAAGAAUACGAAUCGAUUUCCGGAAUCCCUAACGUCGUCGGUUCAAUGUACACCACACACAUUCCGAUCAUCGCUCCUAAAAUCAGCGUCGCAGCAUAUUUCAACAAACGCCACACAGAAAGAAAUCAAAAAACAUCAUACUCAAUUACAGUUCAAGGAGUGGUGGAUCCAAGAGGAGUUUUCACCGACGUUUGCAUCGGUUGGCCGGGAUCAAUGCCGGACGAUCAAGUUCUAGAAAAAUCUGCUCUGUUUCAAAGAGCAAAUGGGGGAUUAUUAAAAGGGGUUUGGAUUGUUGGUGGAUCAAGUUAUCCAUUAUUGGACUGGGUUUUAGUACCUUACACACAGCAACAUUUAACUUGGACACAACAUGCUUUCAAUGAGAAGAUUGGGGAGAUUCAGAAGGUGGCUAAAGAUGCAUUUGCACGGCUGAAGGGACGGUGGCGCUGCCUACAGAAGCGGACGGAGGUGAAGCUUCAAGAUUUGCCGGUGGUGCUUGGAGCUUGCUGUGUUCUUCACAAUAUUUGUGAAUUGGGGAACGAAGAAAUGGAUACAGAGCUUUUAACAGAGCUUCAAGAUGAUGAAAUGGCGCCUGAAAUUGCUUUGAGGUCAGUGCCUUCCAUGAAAGCCAGAGAUGCCAUUGCUCAUAAUCUGCUGCACCAUGGCCUUGCUGGGACUUCUUUUCUUUAACUAAGGAACCAAGAUUCUUUCCUUUUUGGGUAAUUGUUCCGUUCGUUCACUUUCACCCACAGCCUGAAAUUGUUGCUCAUUCUACUAAUGGGUUCUUUUUUUCCCUUUUGUCUAAAUUAUUUUUUCAUAUGUUUUUGUUAUGAAAUUGAAAUUACAAAGAAAUAUUUGUAGUUUAGGAUCAUAUACACAGGUUAGAUUACCAAACAUGACAGAAUGGAUUUUAAAUGGAAUGCUCAAUUCUUUUCCGAGUUUUCUUAUUAUUA